CGAAAAUUUAUUUUUGUUUAUGACACUUGAGUUCGUGAUUGAAUCUUCAACUUAAAGUGCAAAAUUUUUAUUUCUUAUUUUCUAAUUAGCCAGUGCGUUGUUUUUAUGAUUUAUUCAGAACUACUGUGUAAUCUGAUUCAUAAUGACCGAAUUAUUACUGGGUCGUGGUGACACUUUCCCGAGAACUUUUAUGGACACAUUUCGUUAUAGCAGAAAUGAACCCAUUUAUAAUGAGUUAAAGGCCAGUAAAAGUGACGAAUUGAUCUUGCAAAACCCUAGUGAUAUUCCAAUAUCUUGUGAAAUUCAUCAUGGUAGAUCAGAAAGUAUAUUAGAUGUUCCUGGUGAAGAAGAAUUGAAUACAUGUCUUCAAAAUUCUGAAGUUAUUCGCCCUAACACUUGCAGAAAAAGUAAAAGGAUUUCAGUCUAUGAUAAGGUGGACCCAGAGGACAGUAUCCGAGAUAUUGUCUCCGAAAAUGAUUUCUACAAGUUCGUCCUAUUUAAAAAGCAUUAUGAUAAGUACUUACUUUUGUCACAAAAAUAUGAAGAAGCAAAGAAUGUUGCAUAUUAUUUAGAAGAGAAGUAUCAUGAACUGAAGAUGGAAAGAGAUGCCCUCUUAUCAAAAAAAGAAGAUUUGCAGCAAAGACUAGAAUCAUGUGAAAGUUUAGUGCGAGAUAAAGAGGAUGAAGUGUUUGUUCAGUUUGAGAGGGUAUUAUAUUUGGAAGAACAGUGUGAAAAGCUAUUAUUACAAACCCAAGAAUCAGAGAAGACAAUUAAAAAACUGGAGGCAGCACGUCAUGAGCUAGUUAAGCAUAUGACUAAAUUGAGGGACGAGAAAGAAUGUUUAGAAAAAGAGAAUGAUCAGUUGAAAGAAACACUUGAAACUGAAAGACAGGGGAUGAAACGUUAUAUAAAUGAACUAAGAAAGAAGAAAAAUGAAAUGGAACAUAAUCGACGACAGACUGAAUUAGAAAGGAAUGCCAAUUUAACAUCACAAUUUCAAAAAGCCGUACAACACUUGGCUACUUGCAAGCGAAAAAAAUGCUCGGUUUGCACUUAUACAAAAUCUGUCUAUACCAAAUCUUCAAAUAGCAGACAGAAAGACAAAAAACUCCUGGGAUGUUUGCAAACCCCUUUUCUUGAAAUGCGUAAUAUAAUAAAACCACCACCGUCUCCCAUUCACGGUGAGGGAGCUAGUCUUUCUGAAUGGUUCUGUCCCUUGUACGACGCAAAUGACGAUGAGGAAGACAGCAGUGAGUGUGGUUCAUUGAGUAUUCCGUUUGGAGAAAUGGGCAUCUCCUACAUAGACGACUCUUCGGAUACUUUAUCCUCAACAUUUGACCAUGACAAGCCAGAUGGGUCUAGUAACCUAGGUGCAACUUCUAGUAGUAUGAGAGGAUUCGAGAGUGAUUCGGGAUUCUCUUCCGACCUAUGUACCAAUUACACCAUGACUGCUUCCACGCCCAGGGAGAAGUUUUCUCCGUACACCCCACCAGCCACUUUGGAUGAAUCGGAAUGUGCCAAACUAACGCGGACUAAAUGGACCGCCUCCUUUAGGAAACUCAUCAAGAUAAUUAAAAAAUAGAAAGGACUUGUUUACUAUAUCUACUUUCUAGAGAACCUGAUGACUAGAAUAAUAGUUAAUUCUUCUUUGACAUGUUAGGUAUGUAACGACUAAUAUUAAGCUCAACUUUUAUACUUCUGAAGAUGAUGAAGAAACGCGCUUUCCGAAGAGCCCAUGGUCGCCGCGAAGCGGCUAUCGGAAUUUCUUGAAAGAAAAUCGAUUUCGGGAAGAUCUCGUGAAAGAACGCGCGGGGUUUUGAAUAGAACUUAUACGCGUGCCCCCAGCGUCCAAGCAACGGCUGCUAGAAGAAAUUUCCCACUUGGUGUUCUAUUCUCAUUUUCCCAAGCUUAUCGGAAAUAACUCAAAAAUGCGUGAGAAAAUGUGCAAUUGAGUAACAUUUCACAAAAUUAUAAAUUUCUAUCGAUGACCAGAGAAAAUUCGGUGAACGUUGACAAUGAAUGUCAGUUCGUAAUUCAUAGGUUAAAGUCAAUUUUGACGUUGUGUUGGCAGCCAUCACAGAACGGGGUGCCUUAAAUCGAUGGGACUCGUAGAAUAACAUUUUUGGCCUAGAUAUUUGGGGGGUUCAUAGCUGAAGUGAACCAAGUCCAUGCAGCCUAGUUUUGAGAUAAAUGGUUUAGAAGUUGUUUAUCACCAAUUAAUUCAAAAGUGACUUUUUUAGAUUUUAAAAGACUAGAAUGUAAGCAUAUGCUUACAUUCACAUCACACAAAUCUAAAGAAUUCACGUUUGAAUUAAUUGGUGAUAAACAACUUCUAACUCAUUUAUAUCAAAACUAGACUGCAUGGACUUGGUUCACUUCAGCUAUGAACCCCCCAUUUAUAAAAGGGCGAAUCGCGAGGGUCGUAGGCCCGAGCUACAGACGAAUGGCGAAUCAGCCUAUAAUGGUGAAUAUACCUACAAGGCUGAUCUAUGGGCUGAUCUGCAGUUAUUCAGUAGUAUAAUAAUAUAGCUAUUCGUGCUACAGUGUUUCAAUGUAGAAUGAAUCUCACCUUCCUGACUUUAUUCAAAACGAUUUGGUUGGUUGAACGACACUGGAAAUUCUAUGUAUUGUUCCUCUCUUUUGGACUUUCCUCAACACGUUGACUGCGAUAUCGGUUCCCGGGGACCAAUACGAAUCUCUUUUCUGGUGCGAUUGAAGUGAGAUCCAAUAUUUCCUCAUGUGCUAACUCCAUAACUUUCGGAACGCUCAAAACUUCGAAUUUAUAAAGUAAGCUAAGACUUUUCGAAUUUUAAGGUAACGUUCGAGGAAUCUAACACAAUAUGGCAUUGAAAAAUAUUUUAGAUAUCGGUCACCGGCGAUCUAUACCGCACCAGAGGUCUGGUAUCGGUCUCCGGGGACCGAUACCGCACGGUAAACGAAUCUUGAAAAAUACAUAAUGCAGUCAACGUGUACCCCUUAGAGGUCUCAGAUAAUGACCUAUCAGUAUUUCAAUCAUCAGCUAUUAUGAUUUUUUCAUUGAUAAUUUCAAUUCAAAAUAACUCAAAGCUACACUUAUUACUCGUGAUAUGUAUGUAGGUUACUUCAUCUUCGUUCUGAUUCGCAUUCAGAACUGUUCAGAAUCGGUUCAAAGUUUUUGAACAGAAAUGGUGUGAGGAGCAAUGCUCGAGCUCAAUCUGAAUUAAUAAUGUGUGAGUGUUUUGAACCGAUCUUGAACCAUCGUAAAAUCGAACCAUAUUACCGAACAUAAUGCUCAGUUUGUGAACCGGCUAUACAGGGUGUCUACUUUCAAAGUGGCCAAACUUCAAGGGUGGGUCAGACGAGUGAUUUAGAACAAAAAAAUGUCAUAUAACACAUGGU